UGCCCGCGGGCUCCAGCCAUGGGCCCCGUCGCUCGGCCCGCGCUGAGAACGUCCCCGCCGCCGCCCCCGCCGCCCCCGCCGCCGUCGCCGCUGCUGCUGCUGCUGCCCCUGAUGCCGCUGUGGCUGGGCCUGGCGGGGCCCGGGGCCGCAGCCGACGGCAGCGAGUCCCCCGGCGGGGUGGGGCGGGGCGCGGCGCGCGCGGUCCGGGUGGACGUGAAGCUGCCGCGGCAGGACGCGCUGGUCCUGGAGGGCGUCCGGAUCGGCCCCGAGGCCGACGCCGAGCCCCCGCUGGGCGGCCGCCUGCUGCUGAUGGACGUCGUGGAUGCAGUGGACGGCGAGGAGAAAGUGCCAGCCGAUGACUGGAUUGCAGUGGCCUACGUUGGCAAGGAGCAGGAGGCCCCGUUCCACCAGGAGAGCCAGGGCGGCCCGCAGGCCUAUCCCAAGGCCCUGGUCCAGCAGAUGCAGAGGGCACUCUUCCUGGGGGCCUCUGCCCUGCUCCUCCUCAUCUUGAACCACAACGUGGUCCGAGAGCUAGACAUCUCUCAGCUGCUUCGGCCCGUGAUUGUCCUUCACUAUUCCUCCAACGUCACCAAGCUCUUGGAGGCAUUACUGCAGAGGACACAGGCCACAGCUGAGAUCACCAGUGGAGAGUCCCUGUCCGCCAACAUUGAGUGGAAGCUGACACUGUGGACCACAUGCGGCUUCUCCAAGGACAGCUCCGGGGGCUGGCAGGACCUGGUGUGCCUGGGAGGCAGUCGUGCCCAGGAGCAGAAGCCCUUGCAGCAGCUGUGGAAUGCCAUUCUGCUGGUGGCAAUGCUCCUGAGCACGGGCCUUGUCGUCCAGGCCCAACGGCAGGCAUUGCGACACAGCCAGACGGAGCCCGGCAGCCAGGUGGACCUGCUCAAGCGCCGAGUGGUGCAGAGACUGGCCUCUCUAAAGACCCGGCGCUGCCGCCUGGGCAGGGCUGCCCCUGGACCCCUGGAGCCGGACACUGAGACAUGUGCUGUGUGUCUGGACUAUUUCUGCAACAAGCAGUGGCUCCGGGUGCUGCCCUGUAAACAUGAGUUCCAUCGUGACUGCGUGGACCCCUGGCUGAUGCUGCAGCAGACCUGCCCACUCUGCAAGUUCAACGUCCUAGGGAACCACUACUCUGAUGAUUAGCUGCACUGGCUUCAUGUCUGCCCAUGGGGCUUCUCCCAUCAGUACCCCUGACCUGGCUGUUGGGCCCCCGACAGUGGGAGAGCCAGAAGAGGAAGUGCGUAGGUGGGAGGAGGGAGCCUCC